AUGACGGCUUUAGGCGAAAUCCUUGGCAUUGAAGAGUCGGCCCAAGAUUCGAGUACCCCCGACAGAUCAACGACAGUAAACGCGAUCAUCAUCAUCGGGACAGGAUCGGAAAACCAGUUAUCGUCGGCUAAUACCUCCAAAUAUAGAAAGGCAGAUUUGUUGCAUCAACAAUCUGUAUUUCUCCAAAGUGGGGCCCACACAUUUGGACGGGCCAAGUGUCAAACAUUCAACUUCAGACUGUACAACUUCAACGGGACAAACAAUCCUGACCCAACGCUGAACACAACCCUCUUAGAUGCACUAAGGCAGUUAUGUCCUCAGGGUGGCAACGACAGUGUCAUCACUGAUCUCGAUCCUGUGACUCCAAACACUUUCGAUAACAAGUACUUCUCCAAUCUCCAGUCUGAGAAUGGAGUUCUCCAAACUGAUCAAGAAUUGUUCUCAACCACUGGAGCCGACAUUGUUGAUAUUGUUAACGCUUUCAGCGCCGACGAAAGAAUUUUCUUUGGCAACUUUGUGGUGUCAAUGAUCAAGAUGGGGAAUAUUAACGUCUCGACUGGCUCACAAGGAGUCAUUAGGUCAAACUGCAGAAGGGUCAAUGCAGAUAUAAGUGGUUUAUCAUUAAGUACUAGUGGUUUGGUUGCUCAAUAUUGA